AUGAGCACCCUCCUCGACUUCCACCGUGACAUAAUAACCGAAUACAUCAAACCGGGCUCUCCAUCAGCAACUGUUGCAUCGCACAACUUACAAUCAGCUCCAGGAGUUGGCGAUGGCCUCCUAAUCCUAGCUCGUGGACUUGGAUUACGUCAUGUAAUCAUUGCAUUAAUGCGCAUUCAUGCUCGCAAGAAUGCAUUGGUCUUGUUGCUUAAUACGCCAUCACGAGAAGUGCAGGGUUUGAAGGAGGAUGUUGCGGCUGCUGCUGCUGCAAGUGAUGAUGAUAUGGGGAUUAGCGAUGAAGAUAGGGAGGCAUCGAAGUUGAUUAGGGUUAUUGAUAAUGAGACGAAUGCUGUUGAGAGAGCUGAAUUGUACAUGUCUGGUGGUAUACUGUCAGUUACGUCGCGGAUUCUGGUUGUUGACAUGCUGAAUAAGGUGAUUCCGGUGCAUCUCGUUAGUGGGAUCUUUGUCAAUCAUGCUCAUCGAGUGACUGACACGUCGACUGAAGCUUUUGUGCUGAGACUGUAUCGUGAUGAGAACAAGGACGGCUUCAUCAAAGCAUUCUCAGACUACCCUGAAGGAUGGGCUCAAGGUAUAUGGAAGCUAGAACGCACAAUGAAGAUAUUAUAUUUGAGACGAGUAUUCAUCUGGCCAAGAUUCCAUGUGAAUGUAUCACGCUGCAUAGACCGUGCACCUCCCGAAGUAGUUGAAAUCCGAGUCCAAAUGACGAAACGAAUGAAGAACAUUCAGGCUGCUUUGAUGGAAUGUAUGAGUGCGUGUGUUAAUGAGUUGAAGAGGGCUAAUCCUUCUAUCGACGUGGAAGAAUUCACAACACAGAACGCCAUGUUUCGAUCAUUUGAUGCAGUGAUCCGCGUACAGCUGGAUCCGAUAUGGCAUCGGAUAUCGUUGAAAACUAAGCAGAUUGUUGGGGAUUUGAAGACAUUGAGACAACUACUGGGUUAUCUCGCAUCAUACGACUGCGUAACCUUCAACUCAUUCAUCGAAGCCCUCAUCGCAUCAAACGCAGCAGGCAACGCAUCCGUCUUUCGAGGUGCUGAUCUUGAGUCGCCGUGGAUGAUGAUGGAUGCUGCUCAAGUGGUGUUUGGGCAAGCUCGUGAACGCGUGUAUCGAAAGUCCAGUAAUGGUAGUGCUGGGCUUGUUUCUUAUCAGGGUCUACCACCUGGCAUUGAACCAGUGUUGGAGGAACAACCGAAGUGGAGGCAUUUGAGGAAUGUUAUGAGGGAGAUUGAGGUGACGAGGAAGGCAAUGGCUAGUCAGGGGCAAGCUACAGGACCUGUAUUGAUUAUGGCAACUGGUGAUCGUACAUGCUCGCAAAUACGUGAGAUCUUGCAAGGUGCUGAUUUGACUGUCGUCAAACCUGAAGUCAAGGACGAAGACGAUGGUAAUACCACACCAACGUCGCUAAAAAGGUCUACAUCCGAGGAUAAAAAGAGGAAGCGACUAGUCGACGAUGAUGAUGAAGAGGAAAAUGGUGGCAAGACCAAGCCAGCGGAAACUAGUGCUUCGAAGCCCAAGAUGCAAUUCAGCUCGGAAGGAUCAGAGAAACUGUUGAAGCGUAUGAUGAACAACUAUUUCAGGUGGAAGGGAUCGUUGAAUAAGAUGAAGACCGUGUUCAACAAGCGAAGGGGAGGUGGCGGUAAUUCUUCGAGUCAUAUCAAUGGAGAAUCAUCCAAGUACACGAGAGGUGGACGUGGACAGCCGGCUAGUAAGCGUCGACGAGCUCGUGGUGGUGGAAAUGCUGGUACCAACAGCAAUGAUGGUGAAGUUGUACCUGCAUCGUUUGAGAAGGAAGCGGAUGAUAUUGCUGUCUAUAUGACUGCCAUCGCACCAGACGAUACCUUGCACGAAAAGGACUUUGAUGCCUCCCUAUUUGGCGAUUCAUAUGGACUUGUCGAACCAGCUUCUAUGGUGGUGGUUCGUCCUUACGCUACCAGCUCAUCGUCUAAAGCCGGUGGUCAAUCUGCUAAUGGUGAUGAUGAUGCAAGAGCUUUGGAAGAAAUUAAUCCUCAGUGGAUUGUUCUGUAUGACCCUGAUGUCGGGUUUAUUAGGAGGGUUGAGGUAUACAAGGCAUCAAAAUUAGAAAAGCAUUUGAAGGUCUACUUUAUGCUUUACGAGGACUCGACUGAAGAGUCUGUGUACUUGUCUAUGAUUCGUAAAGAGAAGGAGGCUUUCGAGAAGCUUAUUCAUGAGAAGAGUAUCAUGGCGAUACCUAUUGAUCAAGAUGGACGUGUGCAGCCAGAUCCCGACGAGACGUUCUUUAGGAAUCUGGAUACAAGAAACGCUGGUGGUCAACGUAUUUCCGCCAAAGAUUCCAACUUGGUCGUUGUUGAUGUUCGUGAAUUCCGAUCAUCGCUCCCGUCCCUUAUUCAUGCUCGUCGAAUGAAUAUUCGACCAUGUACACUAGAAGUUGGUGAUUACAUUCUAUCGCCACUGAUAUGCGUCGAACGUAAAUCAAUUAUGGAUUUGAUUUCAUCGCUUCGUUCCGGUCGCUUGUAUACCCAAGCUCAAUCCAUGUGCCUCCACUACAAGUACCCCAUUCUACUCAUCGAAUUCGAUCAACACAAAUCCUUUUCGCUACAGUCUGCAUCUGAAAUGAAGAGUGAUAUAUCAGCGGUGGAUUUAUCUUCGAAGCUGGUCUUGUUGACUCUUGCAUUCCCGAAGUUGAAGGUGAUUUGGAGUAGUUCUCCGGCUGCCACUGCUGAUAUUUUCUUGGAUCUAAAGAUGAAUCAAGAUGAACCAAGCACAGAAGCAGCAAUGGCAGUUGGUGUGGAGAAUAGUGACGAGAUUGAUAGUGCGUUUGCUAUCACGCCUGCUGACCUGCUACGCUCACUACCCGGCAUAACAUCCAAGAAUCAUCGACACGUUAUGAUGAAUGUCAAGGAUGUCAAAACUUUGAGCGAAAUGUCGCAUGAUGAUUUGCAGAAUUUGGUUGGAGUAGAGAGUGCGAGAAAGUUGUGGGCUUUCUUCAAUACGGAUUCGCGUGAAGAGUAG